AGUUCCCGACCACACUCGCGAAUCUGACAAUCGCAGAAGUUCACGUAUUCGCGCAUAUAUUGUUUGGUUCACCAAAAUAGUGAUAUAAAGAUGUGGUUAACAAUUUUAGUUGUCAUCGCUAUCAUUGUUCUAAUCCUCUACUUAGACACUGUCAAACCGCCCAAGUUUCCUCCUGGCCCAAGAUGGCUACCAAUACUUGGCUGCGCACAUGAAAUACAAAGGAUCAGAGAUAAAUGUGGUUAUCUUUACAAAUGUAUACAAGAAGUAACUAAUAAAUACUCAGAUGAUGGUUCCGUCGUAGGAAUCAAAAUUGGCAAAGACCGCAUCGUGUUGGUAAACAGUCUUGAGGCAAAUAAAGAAAUGCUUUACAAUGAAGAUAUCGAUGGACGCCCAAAGGGGAUAUUCUAUCAAACAAGAACAUGGGGAGAGAGAAAAGGUGUUAUGUUAACUGAUGGUGAACUAUGGAAAGAACAGAGGCGCUUCCUUAUUAAACAUUUGAAAGAGUUCGGUUUCUGCCGAAAGGGUAUGUCUGAAAUAUCAUUUUCUGAAGCCAGACAUCUAGUAAAGGACCUGUCAAAAGCUAUAGGAGACAAAACCUCCGCAGAGCUUUACAUGCACAACUUUUUCAACACGUAUAUUUUAAAUACCCUAUGGACAAUGAUGGCUGGUCUUCGUUAUGAACCAGAUGAUCCGCGGAUGGUGAAGCUUCAGGACCUCUUAUUUGACUUGUUUGCUGCUAUUGAUAUGGUUGGUUGUGCAUUCAGUCAUUUUCCUAUACUGAGUGUGAUAGCACCGAAGGCAUCUGGAUACAAAGACUUCGUAACAACACACGAGCGUCUGUGGGCAUUCCUGCGAGAUGAAAUAGCAACUCAUAAAGAACGAUUCCAUCCAAGUAACGAGGACAAAGACUUCAUGGACGUCUACAUAAGAGUGUUGAGUCAACCUGGUGAUAAGCCUACAUACUCAGAGGGGCAGUUAGUUGCAAUGUGCAUGGAUAUGUUCAUGGCUGGGACUGAAACGACAGCGAAGAGUAUGAGCUUUUGCUUCAGCUACUUGGUUAGAAAUCAAGAAGUGCAAAAAAAGGCUCAGGAAGAAAUAGAUCAAGUUGUUGGUAGGGAUCGACCUCCCACCUCAGAGGAUAAGCUAAACAUGCCAUAUAAUGAAGCUAUCAUCCACGAGAGUGUACGUCACUUCAUGGGACGAACAUUUGGCGUUCCUCAUCGUGCUAUGCAGGACACUACCUUGGCUGGUUACCGAAUUCCAAAGGACACAAUGGUCGUGUCAAACUACACAAAUAUUUUGAUGGACGAUAAGCUGUACCCUGAUCCGUAUUCCUUUAAACCGGAGAGAUUUAUCAGAGAUGGCAAAGUCUGUCUACCUGAUCACUACUUCCCGUUUGGACUAGCGAAGCACCGAUGCCUAGGCGAUGCUCUGGCGAAAUGCAACAUCUUCAUGUUUACAACUGCUGUUCUGCAGAAAUUUUCCCUUUUACCGGGACCGGAAGGACCUCCAUCAUUGAAUCAUGUUGAUGGCGCAACGCCAUCUGCUGCUCCUUUUAGGGCAUUGAUAGUCAAUAGGUAUUAAUGUUAAUAAGCGAUGUUUACUCAAUUUGUAAAACGAAAUAAUGGCAUGCUGCGACGCUGUUGAUUCAUUAAGACUAGAUUUAUUUAACUUGAUGUCAUGUUAGUUUUUAAGUUUAAGAUAAUUUACUAGGUAGUUAAACUCGGUUAAGAUUUAGAUAACUCAUUUUUUAAACACACAAUGUCAUCGUAUUCUGAAUCGGGCUUAGUUUUUCCGAAGGAAAAGCUGUAAUUACUGUAAUUUGAAGGGAGAAACAUCGACCAGUGUAAACACUGAUUAGACGGAAGACCCCAGUGGCAGUCGGAAACACUCGGAAAGCCCGGAUAUGACAUAUUCUAACCGGAGAUUGUAGGCUAAUAUUAUGUUUGAUUGUUACUUGCUUUUUUGCAAAUGUUUUGUUGAAAUUAUUUUCAAGUAGCAAAAUCAUUGUUCCAUUUGUACAAAAUGCAUAAUUACUAUCGAGUUAUGAAUGUUUAUUUAUGGUUACCGUUAUUUUACUGACUCCCAAUUUUUUAUAGAACAGGAUUACUCUAUGUUAUUAUUUUUUGGUAAUUGCUAGAUAAGGGUUCCCUAAGAACGCUCCGAUUACAAUAUUUAUGACGUCAUAUAACUCAUGCUAGUUAAUGUGAUAUGAAAUCGGUAUCACUAUUGAAGUUAAGUGUAAGCCAGGUGUUCAUUUUUUUAAUAAAGAAAUUAAGAAAUAA